CCCUAUCUAUAUAUGUGAAUAUAUAAAAAAACACUCUCAUCAUCCCUCACAUAAUUAUUACUACUACUACUACUCAGAAAAGAGAGGAGAGCAGAGGAGAGGAGAGAGCAUCAGAGUGUCAAAACAAACAAAUCAAUAAAAGAGAGAAGAAAUCAAAAUUGUGGAAAUAUUGGGAAGCAAUCAAGCAAAUGGUGAGAGCUCCAUGCUGUGAGAAGAUGGGACUGAAGAAAGGGCCAUGGAGCCCUGAAGAAGACCAGAUUCUCGUCUCUUAUAUUCAACAACACGGCCAUGGAAACUGGCGUGCCCUCCCCAAACAAGCAGGGCUGUUGAGAUGUGGGAAGAGCUGCAGACUCCGGUGGACAAACUAUUUGAGGCCCGACAUAAAGAGGGGGAAUUUCACCAAACAAGAAGAGGAUACCAUCAUCACUUUACAUCAAUGCCUUGGCAAUAGGUGGUCUGCAAUUGCAGCAAGACUGCCGGGACGAACAGACAAUGAAAUAAAAAAUGUCUGGCACACCCAUUUGAAGAAAAAGCUCAAAAAUGAUCAGUCUUCUCAGGACUCCAAGAGCCACCCAAUUGUUUCAAUUCCCAAAUGUGACUCCAAAGUUUUGGAGAAUUCCAAUUUGGACAAAAAUGUUGUCACUAGCCCUCAACAAUGCUCUAGUGAGAUGUCGUCCGUGACGGAUUCAUCGUUGGAGAAAACAGUCGUCAAGAAUGAAGAAAUGGACUACUCGUCGGAGUAUUUUCCUCAGAUUGAUGAGAGUUUCUGGUCAGAAGAGUUAUCCAGAGAAGACGCAGAUCGUCAGACGGCCGAUGAGAAAAUUCAAUUCCAGUUCCCUGGGGUGGAGGGUGCGGAGAAGGAUUCAAGAAUUGAUGAUAGCAUGGACUUUUGGUACAAUCUUUUCAUUAGGGCCGGAGACAUGCCAGAUUUACCUGAAUUUUGAGGGGGCUUUUUGGAUGAAAAACAGAAUUGGGGAGCUGGGAAUUUUGAUUUUUCUACAUGGGAAUCUUUGACUUUUUGAAUUGACUCAAGUUUCAAAUCAUGGGGUGCAGAUUUUCAAGGAUGCUUCAUUUAAUUUAAAGAAAAAGAGAAAAAGAAAAUGUGAGUGGGGUUGAUUUGAGAAUUUCAGAAAAAGUUUAGAGUUUGACUUAGGAAUUUGGGUUUUGUACAUUUAGAUUGCAGGACUAUGGGGGAAAAACAAGGGUAGAAAGAUAGGGGCAUUCUUGGCCAAAUCGUCCUCCUAGUCAUGUCUAACCAAUGUUUUGUUAGUCAAGUUUAAUGUUGUCUUGCUAUGGCCAUUGUUGAAAAUUGUGCAACUUAGAUGAUGAUGAUAAUCAAAGUUUGAAUUAUGGUCUAAUUUUCUUUUUGACCAAACA